AUGGUUUCCUCCAAAAUCUUUGCUCAACUCCUCUUCUCCAGCGUAGCCUUAGCAGGCAGCCUCGACCUCCGUCAAGCAGGAACCAAGUGCGACUCAGACGACGCGUGCAAAACUCCCUGCAGAACCCCCAACAUCCAGGCGCAAGGCGUAAAUGUCACUCCCAGCGAGAAAAUUCAAGAAGAAGCCCGUAGACGAUUCGGAGAUGCGCAUUGUGAGAAUAAGCGAUGUGCUUGUGCUCUCACGAGUGAUGAUCAAGCACAAGAUUUCUGCAAAUUUUGGAUUGAGAAUGCUCGCGAGGAGUUCAAAGGAGCUCGUUAUGUGAAUGGCGGAAUUGAUGCGGACAAGGGCACUGUCUACUGCGUGUACGCCACUGGAGGUUAG